UAGUGUAACCUGACAGUUUGAACGAUAUAAAAUCAUAACAAAAAUAAACGUGCGCAUGGAGAGGCAAUAAAAGAGUGUAGAGUGGAGCUUAUUUUAUUUUUAAUAAGCGCUUUAUUACGAUCAAAUAAUGGACACCGAUAAAUUAAAUCACGAGCUUCAAAUCUUCCGUAACCAUGUGAAAAUCGCCCGCGAAAACAUCAUCCACAAGCUGGUUCGGGACAUCAAAUUCUGGAAGGCAAAACAAGAGACCAAUGCGGACAACAAACGUGCCACAAAAAAGAUGGAAUCUCUGGUGGCAUUAAUGGGCCACAUCAAGGCUCAACCGGCUUCGGAGCUGACCAAAGCCAUCAUUCGGUUCAAUCCGAAGAAGACGAAUGGUGCCGGCCAGGACUUGACGGAACGGGCGUUGGCGAGGUUUCACGAAAAUAAGAAGCUGCUACCGGAGGUGAGAGCAUUGAUUCGACGGUUCGGAUUAAACAGUAAAAUGGAAGUGUUGGAUAAGUAUCUAAAAAAGCGAAAAGAUGAUGAGAAGAAGAAGAAGAAGAGUAGAGAUAAGAUCCAAAGCAAGAAGCGGAAGAAGGUCCCAAAUGUGAAGCAGGAUGUGGUGGAACUAGAGUCCGAGGACCAAGGGUUCUGCGAGACUGUGGCAGAAGCUAAUGAGUCGAUGGGAACCGUUUCGGGUUCAGACUCGGAAGACGACAAUGGCAAGGAAAAAGUCGGAUUGUUUGUUAAAGCAACACCAACUAAACAAAAGCAAAAAGUAACGCAGAACAAAACACAAGUCGCCAACAAGAAAGUUAAGCAAGCCAAAAAAGAGCGAAAGGAAAAAAAUAUAUCACCGGAAGAUGAGGACAGUGAGAGUAAAUGUGUACAAGUCCAGGACAAUUUUUUCGUUACAAGUAGCGGUCAAAGUUACGUGGCUACUGCACCGGUUGUGGAUCAAAAACAGCAGCAACAGGAAAAUGAAGAAGAGUUCAGCUGGAAGCGGGCCAAUAAGCGGAAGGAUAAUUCGGGCAAGAAGGAUGAACGUUUCCAGAAGCGACCAUACCGAGAAGAUAUCAACGAGGAUGACGAAGGUCAGUCGUCUUGGAAAUCCAAGCAGCAACAGAAAGGAAUCAAACAAUUUCAAGGUCAGAGCAAACGAUUUGGAGAAAAGAACGAAGAUUUGGACCUUCACCCGUCAUGGGCCGCGAAACAGAAGCAACGCGGCAUUCAAACUUUUGCAGGCAAGAAGACGAAAAUUGAGUCAAACGAAACGGAGACAGUAUCUGCCGCGGAAGAUCUACACCCAUCCUGGGCUGCGAAGCAGAAACAAAAAGGUCUAAAACCAUUCCAGGGAAAGAAAAUUGUAUUCGAUUCCUCUGAGCAAGGGCAGCAAACUCUUGCAGACGAUGUUCAUCCAUCGUGGGCAGCCAAACAGAAACAGCAAGGAAUAAAAGCGUUCCAGGGCAAAAAGGUUAUUUUCGAUACCACUGAGGUCAGAAGUGGUGCAAUGAAUAAUGAUGCAGCACCUGCAGACUUGCAUCCAUCAUGGGCGGCUAAGCAGAAAGAGAAGGGAAUUUUGGAAUUUCGGGGGAAGAAAAUCACUUUCGACGACUAGAACCGCAAUUCUAAAUUAAAGUGCAUUUGUAAAAUAACUUUUUUUUGUGUUCCGUCUAAUUUUUAACUUUAAAUGGAAUAAAUGCGUUGUUAUAGAAUCGUAA